AUGGCCGACAUCAAUCUCCAAGAGAUUCACGAUCUCCUCAUCUCCAUCGCCCACGAAGCAGGAAAAAUGAUGCUCACAGCAACACCCUCCUACCUCGACUCGGGCACCAAGAAGAACUCCGCCGACCUCGUAACCGAAACCGACAAAGCAAUCGAAACAAUGGUCUCCACGCGCCUCCAGUCAUCCUACCCAACCUACUCCUUCAUCGGCGAAGAAACAUUCAUCUCCGGCGAAACCGUCCUCACCGACGCCCCAACAUUCAUCUGCGACCCCGUCGACGGAACCACGAAUUUCGUCCACGCCUUCCCCGCAUUCUGCAUCUCCCUCGGUUUCACAGUCAAUAAAAUCCCAAGCGUGGGCGUGAUAUACAAUCCCUUCCUCGAUGAACUAUACACGGGUAUCAAAGGCCACGGCUCAUUCGUUACGCGACAUGGAGGAGAGAAAUUGCGUUUGCCGUUGAAGAAAGAACCAGAGCCGCUAGGGGAGCUCUCGACGUGUCUGGUAGGCGCUGAAUGGGGUUCCGAUCGCACAGGCAACAAUUUCGACGUCCGCCAUCAGGUCUUCGUGAAGCUCUGCGCGGCGAAAGAAAAUGGUGGCGCGAUGGUACAUUCUAUCCGCUGUGUCGGCAGCGCGGCGCUGAAUCUCGCGUAUGUGGCUGCCGGCCAACAGGAUGUUUUCUGGGAGGGAGGAUGUUGGGCCUGGGAUGUGGCGGCGGGUUGGUGUAUUCUGGUCGAGGCCGGGGGGAUCAUGGUUAGUGCGAACCCGGGGGAUUGGGAACCCAGGGUUGAUGGGAGGGUUUAUUUGGCUGUUAGGGGGGCGCCGAGUGGGCAGAAGGGGGUGGUGGAGGAGUUUUGGGGGGUUGUUGGGGAGAGGAGGUUGAGUUAUUAG